AUGAAUUCUUUGUGUUCUGGUAAGUUUUAGUUAUUAAUGUUAUGUUAGAUACUUUAUCUUGAAUUUUAUAAUUAGUUUUUUCGAAUUCACUUGAGUUAUAUUAAUGUUUUCAGGUAUAAAAGCUUUCUUUUCCUUUUGUACAGUCCACAAAAAGCUUGUUCUGUUCCGACUAUGCAUUUUCCUUGGCCAGAGGACAUGGUUCGUGCCUGAUGAAUACUUUCAAGUGAGUUUUAUCUUGUUUUUAUGUUUAUUUUUAGAGUGUUGAAGUAGCUUAUUCAGAAGUCUUCGGAAAAGGUACCAAAACUUGGGAAUGGGAACCAGACAAAGCUUUGAGAUCUUAUCUACAUCCUUUGUUCUAUAUGGUGCCGUUUUAUGUUUUAAAGUUGUUAAACUUGGACACAGCGUGGGCUUUUCAAUUCACCGUUGGAUUGAUUCACUUUAUAUUAACAUUGGUCGCUGAUGUAGCCAUAACUCAAUGUUAUCGUCGAAUUUUAAGUAGGUUUUGGGUUUGUUCUCUUCUUCUAUAUCUUCUUUUACUUUAGGUAACAAAAAAUCCCAGGAUACUGCUUUGAUUUUGUAUCAAAUGAACUGGUUUAUAUUAUACUGCACACCAAGGACGUUGGCAAACACAAUUGAGAUGUUAUUGGGUGUUUAUGCUGCAGCUUUGUAUCCAAAAGUGGCGUUCAUACCUUUAGUGUUGUUGGCUGGUCUUAUUCGACCUACUUCAGCUAUUGUUUGGGCUCCAUUGGUGUUACAGGUACUGUUCAAAGGAGGAUUCAAGUUUAUCGGGUAGGUUAAUAUUAUCUUGAUGUUUUUUUGCUGCUUUUAGAUGGAGUUUUGGUUUAAUUUUAAAUGAUAGCUAAGAUAAUACAUUUUUAGCAAGUUUAUAUUGAUAUCUAUUGUUCUGGCGGCAAUAACAAUAUCAGUGGACUAUUCUUUCUACGGCAAACUUACUAUACCUGUUAUCAACUUUUUUUUGUUCAAUAUUUACACUGGUGGGAGCUCUAAAUUUGGUGUCAAUUCCAUAUUCUACUAUCUUGGUGGUCUAGUAUCAUUAGCACCAGUUGAAUCCGUCUUAUUGGUUCUACUGAUACUUUUUAACCUCAAAAUGGUCUCAUCUCACCUAAAAUGGAUGUGGAAGAAGGAAAGAAUGGUGAUUACCUACUGUUUACUUUCGUUGUUGUACAUUUUGAUACAUUCGGCAAUACCACACAAGGAACAUCGCUUUCUACUACCAAUCAUACCAUUUAUAGUACCAUUGGUCGCUUCGUUAUACUCGAAAAUUUGUCCAAAGACUUCUAUUUUCAAGUUUGCUAUGGUUAAUAUACCAUUCAUUCUGAUCUUUGGACUGAUUCAUCAAUGUGCACAUCAAAAUGUAAUGAGAGAGGUUGGUCAUAAGGUAGAACGACAUGAAAAUGGCAAGAUUUCGUAUCUUACACCGUGUUAUAGCCUACCACAUUAUGCAUGGCUACAUCCAAAUGGACUCAAGUGGAAUAUCAGUCAGUUGGAUUGUAUUAGUAAUAUUGAUGGAGAUGAGGUAAGCCUAUUUUUAUGAAAAAAUUUGAUUUUCAAAAAAUUUUGGUUUUUAGUUUUAAAAAAGUCCUGACGUCAAAUCACGUGUAUUUCAAGGUUAAAAAACGACAAAACUUUCGAAUCACCUUUAUAUAGCGAAAAAUCGUUUUAAAAUAGAAUUUAGUGAUAAAAAUUUUAAAAUCAAUUAAAUUUCAUCAUUUUAGGACAAAAGCCCUCAAGACCUCUUUUUCGAAAACCCAAUAACAGCCAUUACUAACGAUUGGGACAAAUACGUUGGAGAUGCCAAAAUCAUUGUAAUGUACGACAAACUAAUCAAUGAAAUAGCCGAAUCAGGACUAAAAGAUCGAUUUGAACGGGCUUACAACAACAUAUCAUUCUUCCACACCUUUUGGCCCGUGGGAGAGAAUUCAGGCCAAUAUCUGAUUGUUUUUACCAGGAAAUGA